AUGCUCACCGUGAAGAGGUAUCCAGGAGCCACUGAAUUCAUCGUUCACACAAGCAAAGGUUAUGGCACGCAAAUGUUUGCAGUUUGCUUUUUGUCUUUCAGUGUUGGCGUCACGAUACUAGCUUUUGAGCCAUCGCCGAGAUUGUUGUUGUGGAUUUCUGGUGCAAUAUUUAUUUUGUCCCUUUUCCAAAUUAUAAGCGGCGUAAAUCAUGAAUCCUUACUUGUUGUGCGCGAUCUAGGAGUCCAAACCAAUUGUCAUUCUAUUGUUCCCUGGAAGUCUUCCUCCAAAUUGGUUCCCUUGGAUUCCGUCAGGGAAAUAUUUAUUCACGAAGGAUUCCGAAAGUUCGACGUCUGUUAUUACAUGGGCAUUGCCAUCGACCAUGAACCCCAAAUCCAUGUUGUAUUUCCUACAUUGCUACCUCGAAGAGAUGUUUUGCAGAAAAUAUAUUCUGAAACUUUGCAAUUGCUCAAACAAGAAACAUAA